AUGAGCACUGGAUCCUGCCUGCCCCCGAGGAGCCAGCUUGCUGCCCUGUGUGACUGGGUGACCGAUGAGCUCGUGCUGAUGGGUUACCCGUUGAAACAGCUGCACCGUUACGUCCUUCGUGUGAAGCGCUGCCGCACCACUGGGAAGCCCGGUCGGAUCUGUGGGUUUCUGGACAUUGAAGAAAAUGAGACCUGCGGCAAGUUUCUGCGCAGAUAUUUCAUCCUGGACACCCAGGCCAAUUCUCUCAUGUGGUACAUGGACAACCCCCAGAAUCUGGCGCUCGGGUCCGGAGCAGUUCGAUCUUUGCCGCUGUCCUAUAUAUCCAAGGUCAGCGUCGCCACCCCGAAACAGAAACCGAAAGUCCCCUUCUGCUUCGUUAUCAACGCUCGAUCUCAGCGCUACUUCCUGCAAGCCAGCGAUCAAAAGGACCUGCAGGACUGGGUGGAGGCCCUGAACCGCGCCAGCAAGAUCACGGUGCCGAAGAGCGGCAGUUUGCCCCCAGCCACCGAGAUCGCAACGCCCCCCAUCGCACCCCAAGCCCAGGAGAAGAAGCCCCAGGUGGCCUACAAAACUGAGAUCAUUGGCGGGGUGGUGGUGCACACCCCCAUCAAUCAGAAUGGAGGGGAAGGAGCCGAGGGAGGCGACUUGACCACUCACCCUCUCCUGAAACGCUCCCAGAGCCACAUCCCCAUCUCAGCCACCAAGCCUCCCGCCGGGCCCCCCGUCCUCAAGAGUGGCUACUGCGUGAAGCAGGGGAACGUGAGGAAGAGCUGGAAGCGCCGGUACUUUGCUCUCGACGACUUCUCCAUCAGUUACUUCAAGUGUGAGCAGGACAGGGAGCCCUUGCGUUCGAUCCUCCUCAAGGACGUCCUCAAGACCCACGAGUGUCUAGUGAAGUCCGGUGACCUUCUAAUGCGGGACAACCUGUUUGAAAUCAUAACCAGCUCCAGGACAUUCUACAUCCAGGCAGACAGCCCUGAGGACAUGCACAGCUGGAUCAAAGCAAUCAGCGACGCAGCGCAGGCCCUGAAAAGCCGCCCAAGAGAAAUGUCCUUCGUGAGAUCCAUUUCCAUGAGCCGGCCUGGGCCCUCCAAUCUUCCAGGUCCCGCGAUCCCCUCCUUGCCCCGAAUGAGGCCCCCCGGGGAGGAAAGGAAACCCCUCAGCAAAACCGCUUCCACCUCCUCCUGGCAGCCUUGGACGCCGGUGCCCCAGCCAGAAGGGAAGCCGCCCGGGUCAGAGCCCAGGUACCUGAGGGACUCCGUGUUUGUGUCCUCGUUCACCGAGUGCGACACUGGAGCCGUGCGCCAGAGGCGUGUGCGGCACACAUCUGAACCCCAGCACCUGAAAGAGAAGCCAUUUGUGUUUAACCUGGAUGACGAGAACAUCCGGACCUCUGACGUGUAACCCAGCAUGGGCUCCUGUGGCCUUCGGGUUUACGAGGAGCUCUGUGGGCAGCAGCCUAAUGCAAAGGUGCCUUGAUUCUGCCCCCGGCGCGUGUCGCGGUCGCCGCGAGCCCGAGCCAGCGUCGCCCUCCCGCUGUGUACGAGCCCCUGCAGUGUGACGCUUUCUGUCUGCUGAAGCAGAUCCGAGUUUGGACGGAAAGAGCUGGUCUCCUCCGCGCAAGAGUGGAUCCGUGUGCUAAGCGCAUUGAGCCGGGUACAGCUCCGUGAAACUCCAUGCAGCUUCCCAGGGUGAAUGGGUCCUGUUUUUGCCAAUUAAACUCUCUCUCUCAAGUGGCAGGCGCUGUGGGUAGAACCGCUUCCCUGGCUGGUGCUGCGUCCCCAGAAAAGGAAGCGGAAGGCACAGAUUUCUGACCCUUCCCCUGUCCCCUGCCCUCUGCCGAAAGCCCCCCCCCCCAACAGCCCAGUCUCUGCCCGUGCUGAGCCUGGGCGCUGAAGCCGCUGCUGGAGGAGGGCGAAGGCGGCUCCUCGCUGUAUUGGGGCCCCACUGUGUUUUGGAGAGCCGAAAGCCGUUUUGUGCUCCCUUUGUGCAGGCAUCAACAACGCCAGCACAGGGUGUAAGCUGGGAAGCACUAGCCCCCUGGACCUGUCCUAGCCCCGCAGCCCCACCGUUAGCCAGUAUCCUGGCUCCCAAUUCUUGGCACCCUGGCAGAAAAUACGGGGCAAGUUCUUGUCCUAGGCACAGAGGGCAGUUCGGUGCCCAGUUCCCAUUGACUUUCAGUAGGAGAUGGGGCUUCACACGCGCCCAUUUGAGCCUUUGAAAAUCUCCCCCGUACGGGCCGAAAAGGAUUUAGUGAGUCACCCUAGGAAACCUGCAGCUUUAAAACGGUCUGUGUAGGAGACCAGCUCUUCCCAGGGGCCAACUAACGACAUAUUAACAAAUCUGUUUUCUUUGUAGUCACUCCUCUAGCCACAGCCUCUGCGCGAUGUCAGACUCUGGGAAAGGCUCCUUCUUCAGCUGUAACACGUCAUGCGUUGAUUAUAGCAAACACAUUUCUUGGCGUAUUUAUAGAUAUACAUUUGAAAUGUGAGUCGAGGGUAGCACCACUGCUUUGCAGGCUAGGGGUGACUGAGUAUCUGGGGCAAGGAUACUCUCAGGUAUGUAUCCAAUCUGGUACUGCAUACGCUUGGGCACGAAGACUUAAUACAAAUGCCUGAAUCUUGAAGUAUUAAAUACUAUGUAGUGAAAGCAAAAUAUUUACCAUGAAAUGUGGCUGAUCUGGCCCUCCAGCCAGCAUGCCUUCUUGACCUUUCCAUGUAAAUAAACAGAAACUCUUUUUAAGAAGGGUGAACUUCCUGAGGUCUCUUCCAGCCCUGUGAUUCUGCGAGUCUAUGAAUUUGGCAUUAGCCCAUAACCAAACGAGCUGAUGCACCAAGAGUAUAAAGCAGUUGAUGCCGUAGUCAGAGAGUGUUUGAUCUUUUUCACUAAGAAGUGGGUAAGUUAAUCACUCUCAGCUAGAGACCACACGACUCUUUCCUGUCUGUUUCCGGCAGGGGGUUUAAUAGUGGCGCAGGUUUUUCAGAGACUUUGUAAAGCCUGUAGAAGGCAGGUGCACCUCUUGCAUCACUGUUUCGAGGGCGUCAGGGGUGAGUUUCACCCGGAGCAACACGCUGUCCCUUCUUCCCAUUUGUGUGUCCAGCUGCUUCGGCACCAGCCUUCCCCCUCCCACCCUUACUCAGACAAAACCACCCAUGGGAAUCUGGCCUGAACAAGCGCAAAGCACGGCACACCAGCCAGAAACCUUUUUCCAAGGCUACCGCAUGCUCAGCCCAUCAUAAGUCAUUUAAAAGCUUCCCUUGCCUCAUUAUUAAGAUUUUGCCAAAUGGGUUGCAAGUUCCAGCCAUUCAUAGCUUCCGUGGAGCUUUCUGCGCUCCUAGAAACUGACCUUUGUCAACAGAAGGCAGCUGCUGUUGACAGUGGCCCCGCUAGAGCCAGGCUGGCAUUUCUGCCAUGGGCGGGAGACUUGCUCCGAAGAGGGUUAAAUGAGAUGGGUAAAACCUAGUGGGGUCUAAAACCUGCCUGCACCGACUGUGUUAGUCGACAAGCUUGGUUUAAAUUUUGUUUUAAAAACAUUUCAUGAGCGUGGUGCUGAACAUUAUAAAAUCACAGCUCAAAAAAAAUCAUCAUCCGGUCUCCCCCUCUCCCCAGGCUGCCAUUGGGCACAGGGCACCAGGUUAAUAGUACAGUGUAGGGCCCCAUUAAUGCUACAGACAGCCCUGGCACAGGCUUCUGUUUUAAUGACGGGGCAGGAGGGGAAUCCUCUUUCUAAACAGCGCACUUCAGACACCGAUCUCUGCCCCUCUGUCUUCAGGCUUGCGAUGUGCAUUUAAAAGACUUGGGGUAACAGAGUUCAGGAAUCCACACCUAAUUCUUUUGCUCUUUUUCAUUUCAGUUCUAGUCACAAUACCUAAACGCAUACGUUUUGCAUUUCCUGCCAGCCUAUGUAAAAUAUUGAAUGGAGUCUCCCACUUCAGGGCGAUCCGUUCGUAUAAUUCUGGGGGAGACACGGGGACAUGUUGAGACUAGGAAUAGGAAUCAGUGUAAACAGUACAGCAAAAUGGUAUUUAAUUGUAGGAGUCUGCAUGUGGAUUCCUUUCCCCCGUUGGCUGAAUUUGCACUCGUUUUCUCUUUCAUAGUGCUGUGGGGCUAGUUUUGGCUUUAGCUGCCCUGCUGUUUAGCUAAUAAAACAUCCUGUGUGACUCCAUGUAACCAUUUGAUGUGAUUGUGAAUAGAAAGCCCCAAAUGGCACCACUGACUUACUACCACAAGGGUGCCCUAUGUCUGAGAACACUGAGCACAGGGGGACCAGUUCGCUUGUGCAAAGCUCUGAAGGUAUAAAGUGCUAUACAAUGAUAAAAAUGAAUAAUUACGUAUUAUUGAAAGUGGUGCAAGGGUCUGGAAUGGCAAAGUCGAAGCUCACUGCACAGUUGUGAUGGAUUAUUCCUGGGAGAAGCUGCCAGAGGCUUUAUACUAUUGCUACAUUCCCUUUUCUUGUUUUCUGUGUUCUCCUCAUCCACACCCUCCACACGGCAUUGAGACUGGUUUGAAGGCCACAGUCUAGUGGCAGACAAAAACGUGUCUUGGAAACAAACUAGUGCCACCACCAUUACUAUUAUUCACCCUGGCUCUGGAAUCCUUCCCUUGUAGAUGGUGAAUUCCCACAAACUGGGAUGGACCACAUGGCGGAGGCCACACAGCUUGGUCAAAACGGAGCUUAGCAGCACUUUUUAUUAAUGAAGAUAUUUUACGAUGCGUGUUUGCCCCCUUUGCAGAGUUUUGCUUUUGUACAGAUGCAUAGUUGUGCUAUUUACCACUGGGGUCUCGGAAGGACCACUUUCAAAAUGAAGUAUGGACCACAAGGGGUAAUUUCUCCAGAUUUAGUUGACAGAUGGGUGCAGACUACAGUAAGUUGCAUGGAAAGAAUGGUGGGAGAAAAUGGUUUUGUUUGGUUCUGUUUGUGUUUUAUAUGAAGGCACCACAAUGGCUUCAGCCAUUUUUGUAAAUAUUUGCCAUGUAUUUCAAGUGCCUCUUCCACAUAGAGGUCCUCACACUCAACCUUUAUCCUUCUUACAUGAGACUAGAACUUCUUCAUCAUGUAACCUGCUGCUGUUAGCUAAGAUGUGGAAUGAAGUGUGAAUUAUUUUCCCCAAAGCAAUAAGUUUCCAUGUGGAAUUCCAGUCACUUUUUCAGGCUAGCAGCUGGUGCACAGCUUGGGAUGUUGAAGAUAAUUUGGGGUAACACACAAUAUAGAAAGACAGAAUUAGUGAAAAACCUAACAAUAUUUUUUACAAUUUUCCCCUCUUUCCUAUUAGUCCCCAAACAGUUUCUUAGAGUGAAGUUUAGAGUUACAGAUGUGCUAAGACUGAAUGAAGUGGAAGUUUGGAAAACAAACAAAACAUCAUUAGAACUUGGACUUUUGUUUAAUUCUUUUGUGAGCUGCUUGUGCAUUCGAUUGUGAUAUCUGCACCAGUAAUUUUCAGCUGUGAAUUACACUCAUGUAAAGAUGACUUUUGGGAGCGUGAAAAAUCUUUUCAUGAUACAAUGUUUCUCACUUUACUUGAUCUGUACUAUGUAAUGAAAAACUUUGAUGCUUAUUUUAUAGUAAAAAAAUGUGUGAAAUCUUUAAAGAACGUGCUUUGUGUUU